AUGGUUCGGUGGAGGUAUUGCAUUGCGCUGGCAAUGCUGCUCCUUCUACCAGCGAAAACUGAAGACUUCGAUGAAGAUUUAAAAAGUUCGACUUCAAGCAGUAGAAAUGAAGAAGGUGAAGAGGAGGAUGAGGAUGACGAAGAUGACGAAGACGAUGAUUCUGCAGCUGCAGCGGACAAAGGAGAAAGAGUGACAGUAGUACGGCGACCGCCACCUAUCGUACCAACACCUAAAGCACUGACUGUCACUAGAACUGUAAAAAAACGGCCCCUCGAAUGCUAUGUGUGCGCUUACAAAGCCGAGACGCCGUUGAGAGCGUGCUUGGAUCCGACUAAAUACAGAGUGCACACGAUCACAUGUCACAGUGUGGACGACAAAUGCUUUACGUCUGUCAUAUCAAAAGGCAACUCAUACGAAGCGGUGGUGCGAGGAUGCCGCUCUGGCUGUGUUGGCUCACCGGAGACUACUUGCUGCGAGUUAAACCGAUGCAACAACCAGGCAUUUGCGAUGCCCGUGAUAGCACCCCGCACGCUGACUGCAGCCAGUGGCAAAGCAGGCAAGACAAUACCGCCCACAAUAUUAUUCUUCGUCACCGUAUUGUUAGUGCUACAGACAGUUGUCAAAGUGGCCUUUGUGUAA